UAUAAACACUACAGGUUCACUCAUCAGCGGAUAGGAAGCUGCAGUUACUCAGACGCAAUUCCACACUGGGUCGAAAUCACGGCUUGUGCAUCUAUUUCUCACGCCACCUGAGCGCAUCUGAAGUCGUUGUUUCGUUUUGCCACCCUCGCCGAACCCGGCUGACACAGCACGCAUACGCUGCCCAAGAUUUGAAGUUUGCCCGGACGUUCAAGGAUUUCAAGCUGAGGCAGCCCCAGCAAUGCAAAGGGAAUCAUCGAACCCCGCAGGCCACAGACCGGGCCCCAAGAUGGCCAUCCCACGUCUGGAUCGCCCACCACCGCCACCGGCUAAGGCCAACGCGAAUAGCAGAGAGGAUCGAGUAGCGAGAGCAUGCAAGAGUUGCCGCAAACGAAAGGUCAGGUGUUCGGGCGAUAUACCGCGUUGCACCAAUUGUCAUGUCAAUGGCCUGAGCUGCACUUAUGAGCAGGCUCGCCGGGACCGCCUCAGAGAGGCAACUGAACUGAAUGGAGCUUUUGUAUCAUUGCUCCGGGAUCUCAGUCUCAACGUCAACGAUGGAGACAAGAAGAGAAUCGAAGACGCACUGGAAAACGCCGAAGACGACUUGAUCACUACGUUACCAAAGCAAGCCUCCCCUCGAUCGACCGGAAAACGCUCCCGAAGGCACUCUUCCCCCGGCGACGGAGGAGGCGAUUCUUUCGGGGAAGCCAAUGUCACCGCAUCGGUCGGGUCAAAUGAGGACCUUGAUUACCUUGAAGAGGAUUUACUGCGCAGUCGCCAGUCCAGAGAAACUGGUUACGUGGGGCAAAACUCUGAAGUUCAAUGGCUACGAACGGUCUCACGCCACGCAGAACGUGCGACAUCUGAACCAUUUGGCAUGCCCUACGGACCUCCAGGCAACAGUCGAAACGCAUUUGACGAGCGAUCCAACGCCCUCCACGAGCGUAGACGGACGUCCAAGACAGGGUCUAUGCAAAACGUUACAGAUUCGACAUUCUAUCUUGACAGCGACAAUAUGGAGAUUGAUUUCCCAGUCGAUCCUUAUGAUCUACCGGACCUAGAAACAGCAGAGCGACUCAUCGAUUGCUAUAUGAGCACGGUACAUACCUCGUUUCCCAUCAUACCAAGUAGCUUCGAGGAUCAACUGCGCAGAUUCAUACAAUCAGCGAAGCAACACAAGACAUUUGAGGUCCCCGUUAAGUGGCGCGCCCUGAUGAAUCUAAUAUUUGCAGUCGGGGCAAGGUACUCUCAUCUCAUUGGCGCCGAAUGGAGAGGCGACGAACGUGACCACCGAAUAUAUAUGGCGCGAGCGGUACAUCUUCUCGAAUUGAAGAACACCAUAAUGUUCAUUUCGGGCCCCGACCUACUACUCGUACAAACUACUGGCCUUCUCUCACUCUAUUUCUUGGUGAUUGGCCAUGUGAGUCGCGCGUGGAUUAUGAUCGGAGUAUCAAUCCGCCUCGCGUCAGCACUUGGAUUGCACCUUCGAAACGAAGACCCUGUGGCAGAGCAUUCCCAUAAGGAGACACUGUUGCGCAUAUGGUGGAGCUUGCAUUCCAUCGAGUGUCUACUUUCAUCUAUAACAGGCCGGCCUCCAGUUAUUGCGAUUGAGGAUUGCACUGCUCCUCUUCCUGAAACAAUGCCUGGUGAGCAGAACAGGUAUAGCGCCACUGAAAGACAAAGCUCCCGCAAGCGUGCAGUUCACGGCUUGCCACAAAAUUCCGCCGCAACCAACCAUUCGGACCCGAACCAACGAACAGCUACUGACGGCCAAUAUCUUGUCGAUCACAUCAAGAUAACACUCAUCUCUCAAAGGGUUCUGUUGAAUGAAUAUUCGCCUCGGACUGCUAUACGAUCUUGGGAGUACCUUGAACAUCGAAUAACUGAGCUGCUUGUUGAACUCGAAGAGUGGUCAAAGGCAGUGUUCUCCGGCGAUAACGAACUUGGCAAGCCGGACCGACAGAAAGAAGCUGAUCGUGAACGGUUCCUGCUCAAAAUGUACUAUUGGAGCACGAAGAUACUCAUAACGCGCCCAUGUCUAUGUAGGACCGAGCGUCGGAUUCGUCAUGAGAGCCACAAUUCCGCAAAUUUCAACGCCAGAACGGGAGAUGCUUGCGUCGAUGCUGCUAUACAAAUGACAGACUUACUCCCCGACGAGCCAGACAUAGUUUUUUUGUAUUCGACGGGUCCGUGGUGGACAAUUGUUCACAACACAAUGCAAGCUCUUGCCGUACUUCUCUUGGAGAUGGCAUUUCAGGGAACACAGUCCAAGAACAACAACGCUGAAAUCUUCGCCUGUGUAAAGAAACUCAUCCGCUGGUUGCGUGCUAUGCGAAGCAAUGAUGCAGUCGCGGGUCGGGCCUACGAUGUCGUCUGGAAGAUUCUAAAGAACUGUGCACCGGACCUGCAGGCUCGAGCAAAUGAGCUACUGGCCGACGACUCGGAAUCGGACUCGGACUCAGACAACGAAGACGAAAAAUACAGUGAAGACGAAGAGGCGGAUCAGCAGACACCUUGCCAAUCAGGCUUCCCGGACUCGUUCGACCCUUCAAGACAGGAAAUGGCACACUGGCCACAGGAAAACUACUUAGAAUCCCCAAUGACAAGUGCCGCGCCGUUUAACACGCAUCUCUUCUCAAACCAGCCCUUGGAUCACCUCCCCGAAUACCAAAAUCCAUACUUCAUGCCACCGCAUGUGCACACGCCCAUGACCUUUGGCAACCCAUUCAUCACUAGCUACGACCAGGGCGCGCCGGUCGUCAACAUGCAAGAUCUUUGGCCCAACCUAACGGUGCCUCUGGGACAUACGGAUGCCGAUUAUUCAGACAUGAAUGCCCCUAAUUCUCAAGAUGAUUCGCAGGAUCAGCCAUCACAGGCUAGGUCAGAUUAUCCGGGUCCCUACGAGCAACAACCGCAACGACAGUAGGCUGGUAACAAUCGCACAUAUAGAGGUUUUACUCUUGCAAAUGGUACGUUUGAGGUGGCUCUACAGAACCACAUUCGGUUGGUCUUGCGAUAAGAGCGAUAGAAUUGGCUUGUAAUCUUCUUUCGAGUCCAUCUUGAGGAGUGAAGAGCACUACCGAAUUCAACGAGUGUCGCGGGUCAUAGCUAAAAGACGGGUCUUGUUGGCUUGAGCGUAUCGCUCGGGGGCUUCUAAUGCUAAGGCGGGAUGCAAGGGGCAAGUCAUACUCUUGAUCCCAUACAUCUCGGGCCCAUACAUCUCAGAGGAGACGCAAGGUCCUACAUACGGU